CCUUAUCACAUCAAAUACUCUUAACUCUUAAGUCUUAACACUCGAAUUCACGAUAAAUAAAUCUAAAUAAUAAUAAAUUUAUGAUUUGAAUUUUACGAACUUUAAAGCUCAAAUUCCUCAACGAUUGCGAUUAUUCAGUAUUUAUCAUAAAUCGCAAAAGCUGAGAAGAGCACAAAACUAUACUGCUUAGGAACUAUCGCCACUAGUUGAUGGUUUUAAAAUAGUACUAUUWAGCUAAAAGAUUUAUUUGGACGUCAAAACCUGUCUGUUCGAAAAAUUGUUUAUUCACAAUCGAUUAUAAUUGGUCACAUCAAUUAUGUUUAAAAACGAAUUCCGCAUAAAAUCGAAUGCAACUCUUAAAGGCGCCGAUCAAAAGAAAUUCAAGUCAACAAUUUGCAAAUGUUUUAACUUAACCAAUGAAAUUCUGGAUGAGUUUUUAGAUCAUAAACAAUUGUCACUGUUAAAGGUUAUAACUGGCACCAAUGACAUAGUAAAGAUUUAUUGUGCUCAAGAAGUUGCUUUAGUUUUUGAUUUUAAAGGCAAAUAUUAUCCAACAUUGUUUAUGGUUUGGUCGUUUCCUCACAUAGUCCCCAGAUUAAUAUURCAUGAGAAUUUUAAAUCUAAACUCAAUUCUUCAUUAGAACUAACUAUAAAAGAUUUAACUUUUGUAAAUAAUGAUCAUCUACUAAAUCCAUUGCUUGCUGAUCAGUGUGUGAGUGUAUGUACCAACUCGUGUGAAAAAAUUAUUGCUAUUGGAUAUUUAAUACUUGAUGGAAAUAUUAUAAUAAACCAUGAAAAGAACAAAGAUAUCUGUUUAAAAGUGUUACAUUAUCAUAAAGAUGAACUAUUUAAAUCUAACAUAUCAAACAUUAUACCUGAUAUAAUUUUAAUGAUGGAACGUUCUUUUAAAAAUGCUCCUGAAUUAAAUGAUGAUUUACCAAAUCAGUUAGAAGAUACCAGAACUAUUAUUGAAAAAAUGGAUGAAUUGCUAAUGACGUGUUCAUUAAAAGCCUUAAAACAUUGUAUUAAAAAAGAAAUGCUGCCAAUUUUAGCCAGUACAUUUUAUAAGAAAUAUGUAAUGUCAUUUUGUCCAGAAGGAAUAGAACUUGAUAUUAAAAAAACUAGUUUCAAAAAGUUAACAACGUUCUUACAGUUAUUGGAUGUAGAAGGUAUAAUCAAGUUUAAUGUUGGUAGUAAUGGUAUUGCUGAAAUAACUCAGAUAAUUCAUAGUCACAGUAAAUUUCAAGAAAUAAAUAUAGAAGAAAAUCCUGAGUUGAAAGAAAAUGAUCAAUAUUCACCUCCAGUAAAAGAGAUUUAUAUAGUAACACCAGGGUUGCAUCCUAUAUUUUCAGAAUUUCUUUGUCGGAAAGGAGAUGAAUUACCAUUAUCAUCUAUUCGAAGAUAUGUCACAGAAUAUGUUAAGAAAUAUGAAUUGCAAGAUAAAACUGACCCUUCGGUAGUAAAUACAAAUGAUGUUUUAAAAAAAAUAUUAUCUCAAAGAAAAGAUAAAUCUUCAAUAACCUUUAAAGAUUUAAUUGAAGAAGUGACAAAAAUAAUGCAUCGGACUGAAAUAUCAGUUCUGAAUACUGAAACAAAAAAAAACUUAAAGAAAAAAAUUAAUUAUAUUGAAAUGACUGUAAACAAUCGAAGUGGAAACAAAAAGGUAACUCUAGUUAAUAAUCUAGAGCUGUAUGGUAUCGAUGUUUUAAAAUUUAGUAAAGAAUGUCAACACGGUGUAGCUGCCAGUACAACUAUUAAUGAUAUACCAAAUGCACAAAAUAGACAAGUCCAAAUUCAAGGCUCUCAAAUUCUUUUUGUCUAUAAAUUAUUAACAGAUCAAUAUAAAAUUCCUGUUAAAUUUAUAAGAGGGCAUGAAACUUAUAUCAAGAAACAGAAAAAAUAACUAUUUUCUUUUAAACAGAAAUAAAAAAUUAACCAUACAAAAAAAUUGUUUUCAUAUUCAUUUAGUUUCUACUUUUGAAAYUAUGAAAUAAUUU